AUGACAAAGAGCCAAUACUAAAACGGGUCAUCGUGACGUAAUGUGCAAGGUUUCUGAGUCGCUUGUGGUCAGUGCAGUAUUUUGUUUUAUCGUGAAAAAUUUGCUAAAAUAUUGGGGUUUAUUUUUACCUAUUGAAAUUUGAUUUCUUGAUUUUAAACCGAAUAAAAUCUAAGUGAGAUGGCUCGUACCAAGCAAACAGCUCGUAAAUCUACUGGAGGUAAAGCUCCUCGUAAGCAGCUGGCAACCAAAGCCGCUAGGAAAAGUGCUCCUUCUACAGGUGGUGUGAAGAAACCUCACAGAUACAGGCCCGGUACUGUAGCUCUUCGUGAAAUUCGUCGUUAUCAGAAAUCUACUGAGUUGCUAAUCAGGAAGUUGCCUUUCCAAAGGCUUGUAAGAGAAAUUGCUCAGGAUUUCAAAACUGAUCUUCGUUUCCAGAGUGCAGCUAUUGGAGCUCUGCAGGAAGCUAGUGAAGCGUACUUGGUUGGUCUCUUUGAAGACACAAAUCUGUGCGCCAUCCAUGCCAAACGUGUAACCAUCAUGCCUAAAGACAUCCAGUUGGCUCGGCGAAUCCGUGGUGAACGUGCAUAAACUUUGAAAAGACAUUUUGCAUAUAUCCACUUUCAUCUCAAGUGUAUAACUUUCAUGAACUAUAGCCUUUUAUAUAUACUGACUGGUUAUUAUUUUAAAACAUCACAAAAUCAUGUUUCAGAUAAUCUUUAAGUUAUUUACUUAUUUGUUUGUUACAAGCAGCCGAAAAGCGGGAUCAAUGUGUUAGUUUGGUAUUAUUAGAUUGUGUGUAGAUGUGUCACAUAUAAUCUGUUUUUAACCAGCGUUUUCAUUUUCACUUCGUCAUAUUGUGUGUGGCUUUUAAGUCCCCUAAUCUCAGCUGCUUGUUUUCUUUUCUUUUACAAAGGAAUGUGUGCCACAAAAGGAGUUGUGACAGUCCAUGUUUACUGCAUACACUGCCAGCAUGAUUUGUGUUCAUAGCCCAUUUAUUUUCACAACAUUAGUCACUCCAUCUCAUGUUCUUAACUACCAUUGUGGUUUUUAAAAAUUCAUAUGUAAUGGCAGUAUUUGUUUUUUUUUUCGUAGGCAUAAUUAGUUUGUGGUCAAAUAAAUGAUUACAUUCCGAUGUUGUUGCUUUUUUUAAUUAACAGGUUACAGUGUCAUUUAUUAAACGCACAAGAAAAAACAUUUCUUAACAGCUGGAUUUAAAAUUAAAAGGUCUCUAAAUUUUUAAUUAUUUUACUUCUUAAACUGGAUUUAAAAAUAUCGGAAAUGAGCUAUUAAAUUUUUUUUUCUUGUUAUUCUAUGCUUGUGUAAAUAGGCUAAUUAAUAAACUUGUGUAUCUUGCUAUCGUAUUGUGAUUAUGUGACUUUUUUCGUGAAAAACAAGUUAUGCUUUUCUUCCACUGAGUCUAUAAUUGUUUUAUCCGGUGAGAAAUGUAUCUAGUGUGUGCUGUAAACAAGUGUUAUAUUUUGUUUUAUUUAAGCUAAGGUUUCAGUGAUUAAAUGUUUUCUUUGCACUUAUUACAUAUAGAAGUGGAUUUGGUCACAAUUAACUGUUAGUUGAUUAUGAAAGAAUGCAUCUCUUUGUAGAAAUAAAUUUUAUAUUUUAAUGGAA